CAUCACUGCGGGCCCCGGAACCAUCAAGCGACGAGGACUCAGUACUGGCCGCGAGCAAAAUAUUCGCCUUUUUCCUCAAAGGAAAGCGACAAAAGUGAUCUCGUAGCGGUGGUUUGAAUGUUUCUAUAAGGUGCUUUCUGUCUCUAAGGUCCAGCAGUACAGGUGGUUGCCAUGGCGUCUCCAGGGGGACAAGGAGGAGGAGGGGCUCUGUCGACGAGAGGAGGCAGCGGGGCGAGGAGGAUGAAGUGGGCUCUGGAGCUGAGCUUGGGCAACACCAGGAGUCGUGGUGACCGUCAGGGCGGGCAGGGCGACGUCGUUUACCCCAUCGGCUACUCUGAGAAACCCGUCCCCGACACCAGCAUCCAGGAAACCGACAAGAACCUGGUGGAGAAGCGCUGCUGGGACGUGGCCCUGGGGCCCCUAAAACAGAUCCCCAUGAACCUGUUCAUCAUGUACAUGUCGGGCAACACCAUCUCCAUCUUCCCCAUCAUGAUGGUCUGCAUGAUGGCCUGGAGGCCCAUACAGGCUCUUAUGUCCAUGUCUGCCACCUUCAAGCUGUUGGAGAGCUCCAGUCAGCAGUGGCUGCAGGGACUCGUCUACCUGAUCGGUAACCUUCUGGGCUCGGCGUUGGCCAUCUACAAAUGUCAGUCAAUGGGCCUGCUCCCAACACACUCGUCUGAUUGGCUGGCUUUCAUAGACCCACCUCAGAGGAUGGAGAUCAUGGGCGGAGGGAUGGUGUUGUGAAGAGGACGGAGCAUGCACACACAGGAUUCAGAUAUUUCCAGAGGUUAUAUACUGUACGCUCUCCACAGGCCGCCCGUCACAGCUCAGGUCGAAGUCAAUUCUGCCAGCUGUCUAUUUCUUGUAUACAACAGACGCGAACACGGCAGUUAAAACAAGCAAGAUGUUUGUUAAAUCAGCAGCAGGGUGCGCGGCACAGCUUAAAGCCAAGAUUUUAUCCACCACACACACACACACACACACACACGCACACGCACACACACAGUUUGCCUUUCUUGACAACAACGUGACAUUACUUCAGCCCUGCUCUGCUUCAUGUGUUGGCCAUGACCUUUUCUUAUUCUCCUCAUAAAGAUUUCAAAGCCAGCAGAUCAUCGUAUUGACUCUCAUUAAAACUACUGUAGUUCUCUUUCCUGAUGAAAUUGACUUCACAUGAUAAGAGAUUAUUUAUACAGAGUUAGACCUGCUUUCGUGGGGGGCAAACAUCACUAAUUACCAGAAUUUUAUCUAUAACUCCUAAAAACGGAGGUCAUAGUCUGUAAAGUCUUUUCUUUUUGUCAAGCGUUUCUGGUUCUGUUGGACUAGAAUCGUGUUUUCUUCCUUUUUACUUUCACCAUUUCUUGUUUAGUUGUUUCUCAGUUUGUAGUGAAACGCUUGAUUUUGUCAACAUGAUUUCAGCAUGCUAGCCAGCAACAUUUACUAACCUGUUUUAAUUUAUAGGUCUGUUUAAUUUAUACUGAUUUGCCCUGUGAAAAUGUUCUAUAUAAUAAAUCCUUAUUGGUUGAAACUAAACGGUUUUGAGUGUCAUUAAAGGUGUUUGAUGGA